GUUAAUUGUUAAAAAAAUUAAUUGUAAAUUGUUAUUGCAUACAAUUAUAUUAGGAUAUGUUUAAUUUAAUUUUAUAAUAUAUAAAAAAAAUAUUAGAAAUAAAGUAACAGUAAUUACAAUUGAUAUGUUAACGCUAUAAAUUUAAGAUUAGCAUAUUAAAUAUAACGGUGUUAAAAUUUGCUGUUUAUUAAUUAGAAAUGACGAGUCCAAAUAUAUCUUUGUUGAUAUGGUGUGAUGGUCGUAUUGUGAGUUCUCCGUGUGGAAUAGAAUACCACGGGGGUCGUCCGGUUAAUAUGGCGCUUAGCGAGAGAAUGAGUUUCGAGGAAUUACAAAAUAUUUGUAGAAGAGCAGUUUCUACCGACGGGGAAGUAGAAAUUUCAAAAAUCUACUUCCGGCUUCCAAGAAUAGUUGGGGGUGCGAUACGCUCGUACUCGUUGUUUUCCGUGGAGAAUAACGAGCAUGUGUUUGGAAUUUUGAACGAGGUCGUGCGGUAUCCGCAACUCGAGAUUUUGGAAUUGUACGUGGAAUACGAGGCCGUGGUUCGCAACAAGACUUUACUAGAUCAGUUGGUCUUAUGUGAUUCAAGCGGGUCUGAGAGGGGUAGUGGUGAAGAGGAAGAAGAGGAAGAAGAGGAUUUCUACGACAGCAACGAAGAGGAUGUCGAGGAAGACUUAGGAGCAGAUUCACAAUAUGAGUCGCAACUUCCUGAGCAUGUAAGAACGGCGGAUCUUUGCGACUUUGACGUCGCCCCGGAGGAUGAUGAAAAGAUUAUGUGGGAUCCUGGGAUGGAAUUCCGAGUAGGGAUGGUAUUCCCAAAUCGCGAUGCCGUCCGAGCUUGUGCGACUACUUAUUCGGUCGGGGUGGGAAGAGAGUUCAAGGGUCGCCGGACUACCAACACGACAAUAGUGUUGGCUUGCAGGCAGAACCCUGUAUGUAAAUGGUGGCUGCGCGCUACACUUCUGCAAGCAACUCAGACGUGGACGUUGACAAAAUAUAUUGGCCCGCACACGUGCAAUCAGCUGUUACCUGAUCCAAACCAUCGGAAUUUUGGGUCUGUUGCAAUCGCAGACUAUAUCAAGGGUCAAGUAAAGCUGCAACGUGAUAUACGGAUCGAUACCCUCAAAGCUGGAAUUUGGCAACAACUUGGAGUUACUUUAGUAAUGUAUUAUUCUUUUGAAUCUCCUUUUAGUAAUUCUUGCGAAUAUCAUUCACUAAUGUAUUAUUCUUAUGAAUGUUUGUUGUAAUUUUUAAUAACUGUUGUAUGUAUUUUUUAUUUCAGCUAUGGCUGAACGUCGGGACUACUACACUCCUGGGCCGUUGGUGCCAGACGUUCUGACAAUGCAGGACGAUCACAGAUCCUCGGUUAUUUGGGAUAACCAGGGCGACGAGUCUUCCUUAGGGUCACGUUCGAGCGCCAGACUUACUCCAUUUCACGAGCUAGAUUCUCGCAUCAGGAAUGGGAUUAUUCAGACUGGCAUGUCUGGUUUUCUAGCGAUGCGCCAGUUUCCAGUUGACUUGUGCCUUAUCACAGCUCUUGUGGAGAGGUGGAGACCAGAGACACACACGUUUUGGUUUCCAGAGGGCGAGUGUACUAUCACGCUGCAGGACGUGGCCAUCCUGACAGGGCUCCCAGUGGAUGGGACGCCCGUUACCGGACCUCGUAUACGGGAUUGGAACACGGUGUCUGUUCCUCUUUUAGGGAGGCAGUUAGAGGUCAGCCGUCCCCGUAAACCGGGGUCCUCGUGGGUCAGUGGUGCUUGGUUGUCAGCCCAGUUUGGAGGUUGGACGGUAUUGCCUGCGGGUGCUACAGAGGAUCAGGUCGACCAGGCGGUUCGAGGCUACCUUUGGGCUGCUUUACAGGGUCUGUGCUUUCCGGACUUGAACAGUGGCCACGUGGGCGUGAGGAUUCUUCCGCAUCUGGCGGAUUUAGGCCACUUGCGCGAUAUUAGCUGGGGAUCGGCUGUUCUGGCAGUUCUCAAUUAGCUUACGGAGAGGAGCGCCGUGACGUCACACUGCCCCCACCAGAGCCAGCAGUUCCGGCUUACGUACUACCUCCUCUUCCUCCCCUGACCAUCGAUCUAGCUCACAUCAGGGGAGCGCGUAGACGGCAGCCUAGAGCCGCCCCGCCUCGCGAGCGCCCGGCAGACCCUAUCCCCCCACCGGUCUACUUCCACUUCGAUCCUACAGCCACUACAGACAGACGGGGGGAGUACUAUGGCCCGACUCAGUACUACGGUUCCACUUCCACUUCAGCAUCACAGCCUCCGUCGCAUCAGACCUAUUUCCCACAGGGACCCCAGGUAUCAUCGUAUCAGGUCCCGCCUUCGUCGAUGCCGUUUUUUGAGCCGUCGUACGGACAGACAGCAUAUACCACUUCUCU